UGCAUUUGCAAGAGCUCUGUGGUCAAAAAGACAGGAACAGUUGUCUAUACUGAGCAUAAAAUUAGACUGGUAGAUACAAAGCUAAACCUUGUUAGUAGUCUCUUACAAUAGAUCUACAGGCAGCACAUUUCAUUCAGCAGAUCUAUUGCAAAUCAUAGUCAGCUAGAUGAUUCAUAGAUAAUAAUUUGAGAUCUAGACCACAUCACUUUAUAUACAUAGUAUUAAAUAUGGCUACUCAGGACUUCAAGACCUCAGCAGCCAAGGCUUUCCGUGAGCACUAUGACAAACUGGUGAAAUCCAUCCAAGAAGCAGACCUGCCUGUGUUAGGAGCUCAAUUCUUCAGUCGACAGAUAAUUUCUCGGGAAACAAUGGAAAUGGUUGGAAAUGUGUCCACCUCGAGAGUUCUCAGGGUGUCUAAGUUGAUGUUAGCUGUGAUGGAUCACCUAGACGUACAUCCGGAUAAGUUUGAGAGUGCCUUGGACGUCUUCAGAGAGGAGCUGGUGUAUGCUGAAUUCGCCAGUGUCAUUGCAUCGUCUAUUGGUAACAAUCCUACUAACUCUCAACACUCCCUAACUAUGCUGACGGCCUCACCAAGAACAGCUAUCAAAAAAUAUGCCGACUACCUGAAAAAGGUGUACCUUCGAUCAAAGCUCCCUGUCAAAGGAAAAUGGCCUCCUGCUCCCUGUAAAAAGAUCAUCAAGCUAGCUACUAUUGAAAUUGAAGAGCAAAAUUCACAUUCAGCAUUGUGCAAGCUAAAUAGAUCCGAGUCGAUUGAUGAGUAUAUGCAGAACAAUAGCAUGAAUCCCAUUUCAAUGGAAGACCUUUUAACUGAAAAAGACGGCUCACUUCCCAAAGCCGUAAUCAUUCAAGGGGUCCCAGGAAUAGGCAAGUCGACUUUUGCUUGGAAGUUUUGUAGAAAAUGGGCCAAAGGAAAAAUCUAUCAGCAGUAUGACCUGGUUGUUUUGUUGCGCAUGCGUGAUACAAGAGUGAGAAAAGCAACCAAACUUGGCAAUCUCUUCUUUUCAGAAGAUGCCGGUUUUUCUAAGAAAGUAGCAAUGCAAGCAGUUUCUAACGGUGGAAAGGGCAUUCUUAUCCUGAUGGAAGGAAUAGACGAACUUCCUGCUUCUUGUUUAGCUGAUGGCAUGCCUCUUUCUAACUUGCUUCAAGGUGAAUCUCUUCCAGAAGUUACCAUCAUAGUAACCAGUAGACCCUGGGCUGUGCAGAUACUGGAAGAAAAAUGCGGGGAUCAGAUUUCUCGACAGGUGGAAAUCUUGGGCUUCACAAGAGAAGACAUCUUGAGGUACGUUUCACAUGCUUUCGCUGGGGAGGAAAAGACUGAGUUCUUAGAGUACCUCCGCUUUCACCCUCAGCUGGAGUCUAUCAUGCACAUUCCCCUGAAUGCCGCCUUUGUAGUUCAGAUUUACAAACAAUUUCGUCGUUCUCAGCAAGCUAUUCCUAGCACUUUGACCCAGCUCUACACAGCUCUUGUUGAAGGUCUCUUGAUUCGCUAUAUCAAGUCAAUUCCUGAGUUUUGUGCUCUCAAGAUUAUCUGUCUUUCAAGCUUACCGGAACCAGUACAAACACAUUUCCAUCAGCUUUGCCUACUAGCUUUUAUGAGUUUUACCAAGUUGACUGUUCAAGUCACAUUCACCGAUUCAGAGGCAGCCUUGUACGAGUGUUUUGAUUUCCUGGGUCUCAUGCAGUCCUCAACUGAACUCUCAAUAAACACUAGUACCACUGUAUCCCACAGCUUUCUGCAUUUCACCAUCCAGGAGUUCCUAGCAGCUUACCAUCUCUCUAAACAGCCGUCCCAAGUGCAAGAGCUGUUUUUGGAAGUUCAUAGCAAAGAUCCACAAUUUUCAAUGCUUAUCACAUUUCUGGUUGGAUUGAACAGCAGUGUUCUACAUUAUUUUACGCCACCAGAUUCAGAAUAUCAAGAUUUGUCCACAUUUCAUUUGCACUUGUUGUAUGAAACACAAUCCCCUAAGGAUGUAUGCAAGUUCUUAGGAAAUAUGACCGUGAAACAUUCUCCUGCCUUGACAAGUACAUCACUUGACCUACAUGCAUUAUCAUAUUGCCUUUGCUCCAGCGAUUGCAAUUGGUAUCUAAUAAUCAGUCUGCGCAACUUAUCAACACUAUUCUUCAAUGUCGAUGAGUCUUGUAAGGGGAACAUAAUGGGACUGGCAAUUAGGGAUGCCUCUGCACGUAACCUUCAAUUAUUCUUUUCUCUUCCCAAGCGUCUCUUUUCAGUCUUGUAUGAAUUAGACGUUAGAGAUUGUGAACCUGUUGGUUCUGUUGUAGACAUCUUAAAUGACGGCCAGUUAACAAACUUGAAACAAUUUUGCUUUGUGAGCAAACGUGUACAUGCAUCAUUAACAUUGAUGUUCGAAAGUCUAAUCACUUCUCACCCAAAACUUGUUCACAUUGGAAUCGAAAGCACUGUAAUCUCCUCUUUUGAUAUGGUAGGAUUAUGCAAAUACAUGACUUCUCGCUCUGGCUCACCUGAGCUUACAGUAGCUCUUAUGCAAAACAGCAUUGAAUACGAGUCCUUUCGUUUACUGAUUAGUACUGUUGCAUUUUCAAAGGUUCUUACCCAUUUGGAUAUUUCUUUGAACAAUCUCUCAAUAGAAGUAUUAGAAAUGCUGUCAGUAGCUCUUUCUACUAAUUCAUCUUUGAAAACAUUAGGAAUGAAGUAUUGCUCAAUCCAUGGUGAAGGAGCUGAAUUACUAUCCAAUGGACUGGAGUUGAAUCGAACCCUCCUUGGAUUGGAUCUUCGCUAUAAUCGCAUCAAUAUGAACGGAGCUGCUGCCCUGGCUUCAAUGCUUACUGUGAACACUUCAUUAAAAAUACUUUGCCUUUCACACAACAAACAAAUGGGUCAUGUGGGAGCUCUAAGACUGAUUAGUGCACUACAAGAUGACAACAAGACUCUUGCAACACUUAGCCUCCCUGCAGAAUGUGAGCCGAUUGAGUAUGGAUCAAUCUUGAUGGUUGAUAUACGAAAGAGUGGUCGUAUAGAAUUCAUCGAUAAUACAAUUUCAACAACGAAUACAAUAGCAUACAAGUUUACAUCAUUAGACAUAUGGCCUUAUGCAUAAUUUCUAGUGAGCACUCCCAUUAAUAUUGAUUUUGUAUAGUUUAUCUCCCACUUUUAUCAUCACUGGAUUAAUUUUCCUGUUUUGUAUGGAGGACCUGAAUUUGGAAUCCUCCAAUUUGCAUAACUAAAAAAUACUAAGCUAGUAUUAAUAAUCAGUCAUUUUCUGUACUUUACGUUUCCUGUGUUGUAAUGUUUACAUGCAUGGGUUCUUACUAGUUAACACUUUUUUUAGUCAGUCUCGAAUACCCGCCUUAAAGCCCUUUGUGUAUGGGAGCCUCUGCUCACUGUCUUUGUUGUACUUAGUAUUCACAGUCUCUGUUUUGUGCAUACUAUUCAGGGCAUCACACAGGGGGGGGCGGGGGCGCUCGCUCCCCCUAGCUCCAGAUUCGCCCCCCCCUGGGAUUUAAGCCGUAACACACUUGUGACACACUAACCAAACAAAGAUCUUGUCUUAUCAAUAUUACAAUGUAAAUCACAGGAAGAAGUUCUACUCUUUCUGUUUCAUAUGUCCACAAUAUCCUCUAAUUCACUAUAUGUAAGUAAAUUAAGGGGGCGAUUUCUUUAAUAAAGUUAGGUGUGCCGUGUCGGCUGUGUCGCUCAGGCUGCCAUAUUUUGUCAUAUGAGAAAGCUUUGUAGUACCCACAGGAAUAGACACAGCUAUUUUAUCUAUCUAAGCUGACUAUUAAAGCAAUUGUUUUAGCACCUAUAGGCAACUUGAAACUUCAUCAAAUUAAUCGUUGCCACUCGCAUUUUUAUACAAAACUAUGUUUUGCAAUUAAUUUUGUACUUCAUAAAAACCCGAUAUCUCAGUUCCUAAGAAUGCAAUAUCAGACAGUCUAAAUAAUAGUUAGACACUGUUUAGGAAGUUUCUACAUGAUUUAGAAGCCAAAAGGGCUGGUUGUAGUAUCCCGAACGUAGUGAGGGUUCUACUAGCUCUGAGGACUUCUAAAUCAUGUGGAAACUUCCUAAACAGUGUCUAAGCAUUUUAGAUCAUAGCAACCAUGAGUAUUUAGCCAAUCAGAUUUAAUCUAAUCUUUCCUAUAUGAUUUUCUAAGUGAAGUACAUGAUUUUUUAAGUAAGUACAUGAUUUUCUAAAUAAGUACAUGAUUUUCUAAGUUGGAUAGAACACUUCCUUUAGCCAAUCAAAUUGCAGUAUUUAUGGCAAACAUGAUCUAAAAACAAAAAUUUCCUGGGGGAGCAUCCCUAGAUGGCCGUGUGCUCAGGCACACGGAUAUUCGGCUUGCCCCCCAUUUUUCUGAAAUGUGCAUGACUUUUUCCCCUGUCAAUUUUUUCUGUAAUGCCUGCUGUCAGAUUAUGCAAUAACUGCCGCAUGCACGCUGUUCGGUUUACGAACUCAAUAGAUAUAUAGCCAACAGAUUUCUCUAUACUAGACUACAUAUUGCAACAAUUCAAUACUCUGAACAUGAACGAACAUCAGUCUGUAAAUGUAAACUAUAUUUAAUGAUAAAAGGACACUCAGAAUAAAUUAAAGGACAGAGGCUUUGGUCUAACGUGUCUGCUAUGCAUGCACUUAAUGGCCUUAAGAGUACACUCUAGAAUAAAUAUAGAAACAUUGGCAGCAGGGCAGUUAUUUCGUUUCGUUCAUAAUUUUUUUAUUUUUAUAGCCUGAGUUAUAAAUUGAGCUAACAUUGCUAACUCGUGGUUAUCUACAAGAGUAUAAGAGAGAGUAUCGAACGCAUGCAUACUAUGCAUCAGAUGUAUUCGGAAAGUAACGUGACUUCCUGUCUGAAACGCAUAAUCAAAUGACAAUUUGGCAAUAACAUAAUUGCUGCCUCGAGGUAAGUGGCGGCUCCAGAUGCUCAGAGUGCAUCUGAUGCAAGGUAAUGCUUUGUUCGACUCUCGUAUUGGGUGACAGUAUCAAAAUUUUAAUGGAAACGAUCCAAGUGGUACAAUCCAUGUGGCUCGGGACCCCUUAGGACAUCACUGUCCGAUAUAGCCUCGAACGCUAUAUAUAUAGGUAGAAAAAGGCCUGGUGUUCAUUGCAUAAGUAUUGCGCAUCACAAUUACCCAGAAUCUGCAUGGGUAAUCGUACUACUAACAGUAUAAAAACUAGUCCGUUUACUAGUGUUGAGAAUUGCAUAAUUGAGCGGGUGACUCUCCUAGUAUAGCAGCAGCCCAAGCAAACAUUCUUAGGGUGACAGCUAUAUGCUUGUCCAUGUACGAAGCAUGUCUCCUCCCACUAUUGUUAGGAUAUCAUCUAUACCUCGUUUGUCAGUGAGGGAGAUACGCCCACUCUGAGCUGUGGGGGUAUAGGGAAACCACAUUAAAGCAUUCUGUUAGCAAAAUCAAAGAGCUCAUAUCUUUGACUGCGGUUUUCAGUUUGGUUAUGUCCGGUAGGGGGCUAUGUCGGGCUCACAAAUUUGUCAUUGUACAGCCUCAGCAGUCAGCACGCAUGUGUAACUAUACUAUAUGGCACCAUCAGCAUAGUUGUGUUUUUAAACUAACCCACCAAAGGACAAGCAAAGUGUCCAUUACUUAUCAAAGAACUUGUACCUAUAUAAAUACAUCGUUAUAUAUACAUACGAAUGCAUGCAUCAUCACAUUGGUUGACAAUCUAAACAGCAGACUUUGAGUAACAACAAGGGCGUAUGAAGAGAAGAGGGCAUGCAACUACAAUCUAUCGUAUUAUAAAUGGGCAGGGGCUUAUGUCUAAAAAUAGUAAAGAAUGUACUUUAUAGCCUUGCCUCGAUCCCAGGCCGCAUUUCCUGAGACCACUUUUACUCUACUCCCUAGUGGGCGGUUUGCUAAAUAUAGUAUAUCCUGCUGACUCAUCAAUAAUAUGACGCAUACGCAGUAUACAUUGUGAGUUGCAUGCCGCAGUAUAUACAUUGUGAGUUGCAUGCCCUCUUCUCUUCAUACGCCCUUGGUAACAAUUAAAGUAACAAUUCGCACUGCACUAGUGAAACGCAACUAAUUAUAUAGUCCACAUCAGGUCCAUGUGACAUUGAAGCUCGUACACAAUGCUCAUGGACAGACACUACAAAACAAAAGGACUAAUUUCUAAGAGCAAACUGUUGUCAAAGAGUCUGUUCUAUUGUCUUUCAACCUGUGUCACCUGUCCAGUGAUGCAAAACUCCCUAGCUCAUAACAAAUGGCCAGGUGCUCAAUGACUCCAUCCUCAAAUCCUCCAGUGGAAAUGUGGUAAUGAGGGGAGUUGUCAUUUGGAUUAUAUCAACUGUUUAAUAUGGACAUACAUAUGCAAUAGGAUGGUGUACGCACAUAAUAAUUAUUUGGGCACACUAUUGUCUCAUUAGGAGAGAAGGUGAGUGCAUAUAAUGGUGGUCGACCCAAACUCUACGUUUUGAGCAAGCCGAUUUGUUGUUCUCAGAUAUAUCGUACAGAUGUCUCAAUCGCUCGCAACAAGAAGCACUAUCUCAUAAAGUAUACUUGUAAAAUACCUUGCGCUGAGAAUGUGGUUGAGCGAAGACCACAAACAAGUGAGGCUGUCCACUGGAAGAGAGUAGGGACGCUGCAACCUCCUGGUCACCUCGCCAAUAUACCACCUGCAGAAUCCACAUGCAAUCAACUUACUAUAUAGACGUAGUUGCCACAAUAGUUAUGCUAAAUUGAAUUAACUAGCAGCUAUAGCUAGCUAUUGAGCUAAACCAUCUAGCCAGCUCAGUUUGUAUACCUCUGCUUGUCCAGUCUCUGUUCCAAUGUUAAAGACAGCUAUAUAGCCAUGACACUGACAGCUAGCUAUAUCUGUCUUGUGUAUCUAUAAUUUUGGCCAGGGAGGGGAUUGUUAUUUGGCUAUGAUUGUUGCAUCAGAUUUAGCUACAUGUAGGAUUAGGCACAAUUCUCCUGCUAUCCAUCAGUUGAUUGAAACAAAACACAUAUUUAACUGUAACAAUGUUGAAAAUAGAAAGGCAGUAAUAAAACAUCACCAGAUCUAGAGCUAAGUAUUCUAAAUGCAGUAUGUUCAACAUAGUUUCCAAAGUUAAUUUCCCGAAUCGAUUGAACUGGAAUUGCCAGGAAUAGGUUUUUCAAAGUGUCGAUAUGUUGAUCGAUGUGCUGAAAACUCUCUUUGGAUACAACACCGCUCAAAUGAACGUUUGUAUAUCUGCAGUAGCUUCUCACUUCAGAAAACAGAUAAAGUUUUUCUUUUUUAGUGAAUAACUUCAGAAGAGGUUUGUAUCUCUCAAGUGCAACUUGUUUCAUUAGAGUCUUAUACUCGGUAUGGAACAGCUCAGUAGCGAGUUUUUUCCAGAAAUAGUCCAACGUCUUCAUGAGAGUUUCUCGACCCCAGGACUCCUCAAAUGGAAGUGGCAAAGAGUAGAUAUUCUCCAUUGUAUUGUAAGCUUCACUCUGGCUCCAAACAUUCACUGACAAUGUUGUCUCCAUUGUAAUUACACAAUGGAACCAGUACGAAGGUAUAUAGAGUACUUCACCCGGAUACAAAGUAAUAUCAAUUCCAUUAAGCUUUUGUAUCGUAUCUGCAGUCAAAACAUCACUAACUGACAUGUACGUCUGUCUGUAGAAUUGAUGCAAACAUGGAUACAGUUUCAACUCCAAAUAAGCCUCCGGUGGAAACAAAACAAAUCUCUUCUUGCCGUAUGAUAUGGAAUGAAGGUUAUGCGAUGUAUCGUAGUGUGUGUAAGCUGUUACAUUCUCCAUGCCAAACCAAAAGUUUACUUGUCCAAGUUCUUGCUUGCUAGUGGUCCAAAAAGUCAAUAGCUCAAUCUCCUUUCUUGAAUACAGUGUUUCAAUUCCAAGUAAUUCCACUCCUCCACUUGAGUAGUAAUAAUGUCCAUUGAAUUGCUGAUUCAACAAGCUGAAAAACCGCUCUCUAGGAUAAAUUACUUCGAUAAAUGGUUUCGAAACAACAAACUUAUUGACCUGGGACAAUGGUUGGUCAUUGGCAAAGUACCGAAAUACAUUAUUAGUUCCUUUUUUGCUUAAAACUUGCACAACAUUUGAUUCUUUCGCUAAAAUCUCAGGUGUCCAAAAUGCCGAUGCCCAUUUAUCAAACGGUGUAUUUCGGAGAACUACAGGAGUGCCUUGUCCCACCAGCUAUAAAGAAGGAUGCAAAAUAUCAUACUCAUGCAGUCAGAUAGAUACAGUUCAUAAUGCGGAGUAUGCAUGAAAGAGGUUCCUGUAAGAAAUUUAACUUAGAUGUACCUAUGCAAUACCAUCAUGUACAGUGUAUUAUGUACAAUACCAUCAUGUACAGUGUAUUAUGUACAGUGUAUUUUAGAACAGUCAUCAAAAUACAUCAUACAGUACCACUCAUGGCAAAGUGAGGUCAGCAGUCAAUUCACAAGCAAUGAAGUUAAAAUGUUGUUAGGAUUGUCCGUGAGUCAAUAUGUAAAGCAGGAAGGCAGCAAGGAAUCAAUAAGUUUAUCGAUCAUCACAGUUGUAUCAUCACAGUUUGUUUUAAUGCAUAACAGAGCAACGGAGACAAGGAUAAUCCAAGUGGAGAUAAAUAAGGCGUGUACAAUAACAAGAGUUCCGUUGAUCUACAAGGCAAAGCUUGUACCAUUUACAACCUAAGUUGGGAUGAAAAUGAUGAUGCGUUGCCAUGAACACCUUUGUACACGUUUCAUUUCAUUCUAUUGCUAUUAAAUCUAGGCCUACUUCACUCACCCACUUCGUCAUAUAAUCUCUAUCGGAUGUACUGCUCCAUACAGCUUCUUUGUAUCUGAAUAAAUUAUUUUUGUAUCAUACGAAUAUCUAUGAUUGUGUAAUAAAAUUAAUACAUGUACAUAUAGCUAGGCUCUUAUGAGAACAAUAGCUAGAUCUAGAUAAACUGAUCGACAUACGUACAUGUAGCUGAUUAGUAAAACCAGUAGGUUUUACAUAGGAUUGGCAGUGGGUUUGCCCGUGUUUAGCAAUAUUUCAAUUAUUUUGACUCAUGUUCAAACUGUUCUAUCUCUGCAGGGAAAGGCCACAUCAAGAAACUGGCUGAACAGAUAGUUUAUUUAGCCUUUUCUCUCUUUGUAUCUCUCAUUUCAUAAUCCAUAAACAUUUUAAUGAAUGAAUAUUUUCAUUUUAAAAAUUGCACUAUUUCAACGUUUCACCGCUCUUUGUCUGAC